AAGCGGCAGAAAAGCGGUUCGCACAUUUGUAAGAUGAAGCGAUAUGUCUGAGAAAAAACUGGACUGCAAAUGAAAGUGGUUUGUGUAUAUUUUGGAUGGAGUUCACAUUGAAUUAUUAUUAUUAUUUUUGUGCGUGUGUACCCUGAUUAUAAUGUUGAAAAUUCGCAAGGAUAACUAAUAUAAACAAGGUACGGAGUCAAUCUAGUUGUGAUGAAACGUUCCAUGAUCAGGAUUAUGAAAGGAGAACACGCAGUAAUGAACUGAAUAAUUGCUGCUCUUUUAUCAUCGCUAGUCUAAAUUAAGAUCCUUUCAUACCCCCUCCCCUGUGCUGGUCGCACCACCCCCACUACCACCCUCCUCCCGCCAUGCCCGACGUCCCUCUGAUCCACCGUGCCCUGGUGGCCGCCCGAGAAGGGGACCUGCAGGGGCUGCAACUGCUCCGCAAGAAGCAAGAACUCUUACAGGGCUUACAUGACGACUUUGGAGCCACGUGCGUUCACUACGCUGCCCGAGGUGGACACGUCAAAGUUCUGGAGUUCCUCUUGAACAAAUGUUCUAUGAGGGCGAAUGUUCGUUCCUUUGUGGGAGCCACCCCUGCCCAUGACGCCGCGGCCAUGGGAAAAUUACCAGCCCUCGUUUGGUUGCUGAGGAAUACUGACUGCACUCUGUGGGACAGAGAUAAGGAUGGAGCGACUGUCCUUCAUAUUGCUGCAAGGUACGGUCGUCGCAGCGUCCUAAAGUGGCUACUUCGGGAGGCCAAGAUGCCGGCCCUGGAGACGACGGCCACAGGCGCCUUGGCACUGCACUAUGCUGCUGCCAAGGGGUGCCUCGACUGCGUUAAAUUGUUGGUAGAGUCAUGCCCUGAACUCAGUGCUAAUACUCAGAUGGAGAACAGCGUCACUCCCGUAUAUUUGGCAGCACAGGAAGGUCACCUUGAUGUCCUGAAGUAUUUGGUACUCGUAGCAGGAGGAUCCCUGUACCUAAGGGCCAAGGACGGAAUGGCACCCAUACAUGCCGCUGCUCAGAUGGGAGUACUCAAAUGUGUCAAGUGGAUGGUAGAGGAACAAGCAGUCGAUCCAAACCUGCGGGAUAACGACGGUGCCACACCCGUCCACUUCGCAGCCAGUCGCGGACACCUGGAGACACUUCGGUGGCUGCUCAAGCACGGAGGACGGAUUUUACUGGACAAACACGGAAAAAGUCCAUUGAAUGAUGCCGCGGAAAAUGAACAUAUGCAGUGUUUGGCUUUGUUGAUUGCACAUGCGUCCGACCCCCGGCACCAGAGUGAGCCUGGCGUUUCAGCAGUGCUGCCCCCUACGGGUCCAGCAGCUGCCCGCACCGUCCGAAGGUGCACUUGCAGGACGCCCAUGUCCAAUAUGAGACCAUCGCAAUCACACAGGAGAACGGAUUCUGAUGGUUGCUCUUGCCAAUCCACUGGCUCUGAAGAAAGUUGCAGCUUAACAGACGAUUACCCAUCUGAUACUACCACUAGCAGUACUCGAUCUUCCAUUCCUGGCCCCGGCGGUCGAGGUGCACCCCACACCGUUCUAUCUGGUUGGAAUUUUUACAGUUCUCAUCAUCAGAGCAGAACACCCCACAAGAACGGCCAUCGCCACCACUCUCAGGAAAGAUUGUGCAAAGCAAACAACCCUAAUCACAGGAGGUGUUCCAGUGGAUCCUCCAGUCAUUCCAAGAGGAUGGAUUCUGGCUACAACGGAGGUACAGGCAGCAUUCAUGAUGGAACCACACGAUCACCUGUGGACACGCUGAAUGGACCUCAAGAACCUUUCUUCCUCCAUGAACCUAAUAUGACGUCAGAUGACAGAGUAAAGAAAUUAUUCGAUAAUAAAUCAAAGAAGAGCUCGAAUGAGGACGAAGAAAACACUGACAACAACGUUAACAACAAUAUUAACAAUAAUACCAAUGGAUCUCAAAUAGUUACAGUCGAGGUUCAUAACUCAUCUGCCAGCGAAGAUUCCAACAGCGUAUCCGACGUGAGUGAUCCCAUUCCUGACUACGACGACCAGGGAAGUCAGUCGAGUAGCACUGGUAACAACAACAACACCAUCAAUGGUCGACACCGAGGAAAAAAGGCAAGCCGUGAGGUCAGCAGCCUGAGCACGGACGAAGGCAUCUACCACGGGGAAGACGAAGAUGAAGACGAGCUGGACGACGAAGAGAUGCAUCGGCUGGUCCCCCACCACCCAGCAGAAGACGAGGAGGACGAUGAGGACGAGCUGCAUGACAAUGAGGUCAGUUUCUCUCCUCACCACCAGGAGGAUCUGGUGGCCAUCCGGAACAAGAGGCCGCCCCCUGAAUCGGAAAGCCCUUACGGGGGCGGCAACCAUGCGCACGUGUCUCGGAGAGCAUCCAACCCCGUCGAUGCCCCUCAUGAAGACAGCAAGAAAAUCACAGAGAACUGCAUUAAGGAAAAUGGAACACUAACAGUGGACAAGUCUAAGAAUAACAAUAAUAACAGCAACAGCACUAACAAUACUAACAGCAAUGGCACACUCUCGCGCCAACAGCAGUCUUCACAGGUGGUGAAGAAGGCCGUUGAAACAGUGACAGCUCAACCGCCUCCUCCACCCCUACUACCAGUUAAGAAAAUGGAAGAACCAAAACCAGCCGUGAAACCCCCAACACCUCCACCAUUGCCCAAAAGCAAUCACUCGAAAUCAGAUGAGGAAACGAGCAAGGUCAAAGCUCCACCUCCUCCUCCACCACCAGAUCUUCCACCCUCAAAAUUGCCAGUCCCCAAAAGAUCGAAUUUCGAUGAUUCACAAAACCACCAUGAAGAUGAUCGCGCCUCCCAGAGGUCUGAUGAAUCAUCUGUGGAUGGUAGUGAAGGUAAACGCUACGUCAAAUCGACAGCUGCCAGGAGGAACAGCCAUCAGAAAACUUUGCCUUUCAUUCCGCCUCAAUUCAACUUUCCUCCGGACACUAAUGAGAAUAUUCGCCCAUCUGAGUAUCUGAGGCAAACUAAGACUUCAGGUUCCAAAAGUUCCACUCUCAAAUCAAAUUCCACGCUUCACCGAGCUGUGUCCAUGGGUGAACUGGCCAUGGCGACAAAACCAGAAAAAAUAUCAUAUGGUAACAGAACGGAGAGUCAUGAAACACUAUUGGACAAUGAUUCUAGAUCCCGAUUUGUUCAAAGUCCUGUCAACGGCAAAGAAGAACCUAAACCGCAUGCACCUCUUACGAACACUAAUAGCAAUGGAAGUAAUGCCCUAUUCACUGUCACUGUUGACCAACUGCAGACAGUCCAGUUGAAGAAAACCGACAAGCCCUCAACUCCUGAGAGAACAGUUCUUUUGCAAAAGAAUGACUUAAUUGCCGAAUUGAAACAAACGAAAGACAUUCAAGGUGUGAGAAAAAUGAAAGAAGAGAGAAGCAAGAUUGAAGAGGUUAUUACUGCUGAUUUGGCUCAGAAUUUCAAAGCGGAAAAAUUUGUCGACCAAAUUCCGGAAGUGGACGCCAACGGUUGCGUCAUCCCACCUUGGAAGAGACAGAUGCUCGCCAAGAAGGCAGCCGAGAAAGCCAAAAAAGAAGCUGAAGAGCAAAUGCUACGAGAAGCAGAAGCAAAGAAAUUGAAUUCCAUACCUCCGUGGAAAAGACAACUCAUGCAAAGGAAGGAGGUCCCCAGUCCCGUCACCAUGCAAAACAUUCACAGGACUUUAUCAACCCCUGUUGUGAAAUCACCCGAACCUCCGCAACAAGCCCAGGAACCCCCUCCAAAAGAGCCAGAACCCAAACCAGCCCCCGCACCGGUGGAGCAACCUCCCAAACCCUCGGAGCAAGAACCCCAGCAUGAUGACACAGAUGACAUCCCGCCCAACCCCUGGCUCCAGCAGCUCAGAAAAACGAAGAGCGUCUUCCGAUGACAAUGACGACUCUUGUACUUUAAUCAAUUAAUCGAUAUGUAAUGUAAGAACUCUUACUGCAAAGGAACUCGCAUCAAUCGCCAGACUUUUUGUGCAAUCGAUGAUUUAGAAGAACGUUUGAUUGACUUACUCAAAGUGAAAUCCAUAAAUGAUGGACUUAAUUUUUGGAUUACAUAUUGACCAAGUAUGUAAAAAAGAGUGAAUAAUUUAUGGAACUGCUACGAAAGAAAAGUUAUGGUUUAGGGAAAAAGAAGAUUGGUUUAAAAUAGUAAGAAACAGUUUGUACAGAGCUAUUUUUUUUUUUUUUCUGCAAUGAGUAUUAUUUUUGUAUUUAUGGAGUUCCUUUGGAAAAUAUUUUUUUAAGAAAAGAAGCUUAUUUUCAGGACUUAACUAUACACCACAGAACUUAAAGUUCAGAAGAAAACUAUCUACAGUACUUUUAACAUUAAAAAAUGUUUUUGGAGUAUUUUAAUGGAUUUUAGAGCAUUUUGAUACCAAGAUAUUUUUUUAAUAUUUAUUUACAAAUUGCAGUGAUAUCUUUAACUAGAUAUUAUUGGGUUUUGUUUUUAAAUCUAUAGAUUGAAAAAUAGCAUUUAUAUUGACACAAAUUUUUGAAAAUUUUACUCUGUUAUCUUCAAGAAGAUAUGAGUCAUUUGUCUAAGUCAUGAUGAACCAGAGAUGAAGAACAUUCCAUUUUUUUUUUACCAUUUUUAUAUUCCGGUGAAUGUAUAAUUAGAAAGGUACUUAAACAUUCAAUGGUUACUUGAAAUUUUUCUAAGAUAAGUUAUUUUUAUAAUGUAAUACUGAAUUUUAUGCAUUUAACUUACAGAAAUUUGCUCAAAAUAUUUUAUUAGGAGAGCUUAAAUGUUUGUUCAGAUGCAUUAAAAACAUCCCCUUGAAACUAGCAAUAUUGCUAAAAUGUCGAAAAUCUUUUGUCAGACGUGUGAAAAUAGGAAUAUUUUUUAGCGUCUUCUUUUGUAAAAAGUUAGCUGAAGGGGUGUUGUGUUUAGUGUAAAAUAUGAACCAAAUAUGUGGGUGCUGGGCUUGGGUAUCCAUCAUUCUUGAAUUUUGUCUUUGCAAGGUUGCUGCAAUGUGUGUAUUCUUUUACCCUUUUUUUUUUUUUUUAACGAUUUACACUCAAAGAAGGCUUUUCACUGUGCAAACAAAUUCUUGAAUGAAAUUAUCCUGUCUUGUAAAUGCAAAUAAAAGGCUUAGAAAUAUAAA